AUGGAGGCUAAGCAUCUAAGACUUGAGACAGUGGUUGAGGAGACCCCUCUCCAGCCUCCGCCUCCGCCUCUCGAUCCUGGUCUCGAUUCGCUUAUAGAUUCCGUGUUGUUUGGAAUCGAUGAUCCCUUCUCCGAAGACGUUUGGCUCGAUGAUGAGCAGAAGCUACACUCCACCGCGGAUUCUUCUUUCUUAUCGAUUCCCUCGAGAUCGGGAAGCGAGUCUGCAUCACCUGUUGUAGAGUAUACGCAGGAACAUUCGCCCACCCGGCUCGAUCCUAGUCUCGAUCCACUUAUCGAUUCGGCUUUCUCCGGAGCCGACGAUCCCUCGUCCGAAGACAGUUCGCUCACCGAUGAACUAAUGCUACAAUCCCCAGCGGAUGCGUCUACUGAGUCGGAGCCCUCCGCAUUGGGAAGCGGCCCUGAGUCACCUCUUGUCGACUCCACGAAGCGAGGUCUCGAUUCACCUAUUGAUUCCGCCUUUUCCGGAGCCGAGGAUCCCUCAUCCGGAGACUUUUGGCUCGCCGACGAAACGCAGAAACACCCCACCGCGGAUUCCUCUAUUGGCUCGAAGUCCUCGAUAUUGGGAAGCGGCUCCGAGUCACCUGUUGGGGAGUCCACGGAGGAGCCUCCGCCUCCCCCUCUUGAUCCUGGUCUCGAUUCGCUUAUUGAUUCUGUGUUGUCUGGAGCGGCGGAUCCCCUUUCCGAAGACAUUUGGCUCGACGAAGAAACGCUGCUACAGCCCACCGCGGAUUCUUCCUUUGGAACGAGCCCCUCGAGAUCAGGGAGCGAAUCUGAGUCACCUGUUGUGGAGUCCACGCAGCAGCCGAUGCCUCGGCACCUCGAUCCUGCUCUCGAUUCACUUAUUGAUUCCGUGUUGUCUAGAGCCGAGAAGCGAGUCUGA